AUGACGACCAUGGAUCUUCGCGUCGGUAAUAAAUACCGGAUUGGCCGCAAGAUCGGCUCCGGUUCCUUUGGCGACAUCUACCUCGGAACAAACAUCAUUUCUGGAGAGGAGAUUGCCAUCAAGCUUGAGUCUGUCAAGGCCAAGCACCCCCAGCUUGAAUAUGAGGCCCGCGUCUACAAGUCACUCGCCGGUGGCGUUGGCAUUCCCUUUGUCCGCUGGUUUGGUACCGAGUGUGACUACAACGCCAUGGUUCUCGAUCUUCUUGGCCCCAGCUUGGAAGAUCUCUUCAACUUCUGCAACCGCAAAUUCUCCCUAAAGACCGUCCUUCUCCUUGCUGAUCAGCUCAUUUCUCGUAUUGAGUACAUUCACGCCAAAUCCUUCAUUCACCGAGAUAUCAAGCCCGACAACUUCCUCAUGGGCAUCGGCAAGCGCGGAAACCAGGUCAAUGUUAUCGAUUUUGGUCUUGCCAAGAAGUACCGUGAUCCCAAGACCCACUUCCACAUCCCCUACAGAGAGAACAAGAACUUGACUGGCACUGCUCGCUAUGCCUCCAUCAACACCCAUCUUGGUGUCGAGCAGUCUCGCCGUGACGACAUGGAGUCGCUGGGCUACGUUAUGCUCUACUUCUGCCGCGGCUCUCUUCCUUGGCAGGGCCUUAAGGCUGCCACUAAGAAGCAGAAGUACGAUCGUAUUAUGGAGAAGAAGAUGACUACCCCUACCGAGGUCCUUUGCCGCGGAUUCCCCAACGAGUUCGCCAUCUAUCUCAACUACACUCGAUCUCUGCGCUUCGACGACAAGCCCGACUACAGCUAUCUCCGCAAGAUCUUCCGUGAUCUCUUUGUCCGCGAGGGCUUCCAAUAUGAUUACGUCUUUGACUGGACUGUUUACAAGUACCAGAAGAAUGCUCAGGCUAUUGCUCAGGCUGCUGGCCAGGCCAACCCUGAGGAUGAUGAAAAGGCUCGUGCUUCCCGCAUGAACCCUGCUGUUGCCGGACCUUCUGCUACCGCCAAGCCUGGCGCCGUCCCUAGCUCUCGACGCAAGAUGCUUGAGCGGGGUUCUGGCGCUGGCGUUGAUACUCCUGAUACUAGCCGAGCUAUCGGUGGAAGCGAUAGGAUGUGA